CCUGAAUUGUCUACUUUAAAUGGAUGAGUUGUUACAGUAUGUGAAUUAGAUAUCUCAGUAACACUUUUAAAAAACAUAUUAGGAGGGGGAGUAAGCAGCUACAUAGAAAUACGGGGGUUCAUAAGCAUAUUACCUCUACCUUUGUGUACGCUUCAAAUUUUCUAAAAGAAAAAGUUGGAUGCAAUAUUUCCAAGAUUUCUCAGAGGUGCUUACCCAAAUGCUCUCUGGCCUCCCCCAGUUCAUGGACUCAGAGACGGCUCUCUGUCCGCUAGACGGGAUGGGGCAGGGCUGCUGCACACACCUCCCCGGCCACUUCAGGCCCCUUUCGCCAUCUUUCUACUCCGUUGACCUCUCUGCCCCACUCGCGGCCUGCUCGCUAACCCCUGCCGCUGCCUGGCCUCUGGGCCAACCGCGGGCCUCUACCAGGCUGUGUCCCCCGCCCUGCCCCCUACCUCCCUCACCGUACUUCCUGGCUGUGUCCCGCCAGCCAUCUUCCAGAAACCUCAGCCUAAGAGCUAAGAAGUUCUGACUCUAAGCGAGGCUGCGUUCCUUCCUACAUGGCUCCUGAGGCCCAAGCAAAUCAAGGGCUAUAUGCAUCUGGGCACUUGUGUGGGGUCCCUGGGAGGUUGGCCAACCGUUCAAAAGCCCUGGAGAGACUCCGGAACAAUUUACAAAAGUUAGGAAAUGGGUCCCACAGGUUAGGCGGUUCUGCCCGACGUCUCACACCAGUGUGGUCCCUGACUCAGCCCAAAUCCAGAGCUUCUAGGGUUUUGGGCAUGGAAGAUGAAGGGUGGCCCGGGGGAGAGAAGAUUGGAGGAGGCACCACCGAAGGCACGAAGGGACAAGCAGGGCUGGCGAGGAGGAAGGGCGGCUCGUGACGCACGGUGGUGGGAGCGCAAGCGCCGCCGCAGGGACUUGGCGACCAGGUGGAUGUAAGUAAGGGUUAAGGAGAUUUCCAGGUUGGGGGGCCAGGUGAAAGGUGUUUCCUUAGUCGGGAUAGAAGAUAAAGGAGGAGCAAGUGCUAGCGGGCUUGUUGAAAUGGAAGGUCUCUGAAUGCCGCUGGAGGGGUGAGGGCGCCUGGCUGGAAGCUGAGCAUCCUGCCCUUGGAGUCUCCCGUUCUGACCUCCGCAAAAUAUGGAGAUUGAACAAGUGAACUGACGUGAAUCUUCGCAAGGAGAAGUUGUGUUCAUCUUAUUUGAUGCCAAUUUUUAUGGUGGUCGGGUCACACGAUGUGGGAGGGGAGUAUGCUGAGGGUGUCAGUGAGAGAGACAUCCUGCUCAUUCACUCCUGCCGCCAGUGGACAACGGUGACAGCCCAUACCCUGGAGGAGGGCCACUACGUCAUCGGACCCAAGAUUGACAUCCCCCUGCAGUACCCAGGGAAGUUCAAGCUCCUGGAGCAGGCCCGGGACGUGCGGGAGCCAGUGAGGUACUUCAGCAGCGUGGAAGAGGUGGCCAGCGUCUUCCCUGACCGCAUCUUUGUGAUGGAAGCUAUCACCUUCAGUGUCAAGGUGGUGUCGGGCGAGUUCAGCGAGGACAGCGAGGUGUACAACUUCACCUUGCAUGCGGGCGACGAGCUCACGCUCAUGGGCCAGGCGGAGAUCCUGUGUGCCAAGACCACCAAGGAGCGCUCGCGCUUCACCACGCUGCUGCGCAAGCUGGGCCGGGCCGGGGCGCUGGCCGGGGUGGGAGGCGGCGGCCCCGGGGGUGCGGGGGCCGCGGGUGGCGGCGGCGGCGCCAGGCCCGUCAAGGGCAAGAUGCCCUGUCUCAUCUGCAUGAACCACCGCACCAACGAGAGCCUGAGCCUGCCCUUCCAGUGCCAGGGCCGCUUCAGCACGCGCAGCCCGCUGGAGCUGCAGAUGCAGGAGGGCGAGCACACGGUGCGCGCCAUCAUCGAGCGCGUGCGGCUCCCCGUGAACGUGCUGGUGCCCAGCCGGCCGCCGCGCAACCCCUACGACCUGCACCCGGUGCGGGAGGGCCACUGCUACAAGCUGGUCAGCAUCAUCUCCAAGACCGUGGUGCUGGGGCUGGCGCUGCGCCGCGAGGGCCCGGCGCCGCUGCACUUCCUGCUGCUCACCGACACGCCGCGCUUCGCGCUGCCGCAGGGCCUGCUGGCCGGGGACCCGCGCGUGGAGCGCCUGGUGCGCGACAGCGCCUCCUACUGCCGCGAGCGCUUCGACCCCGACGAGUACUCCACCGCCGUGCGCGAGGCGCCCGCCGAGCUGGCCGACGACUGCGCCAGCCCGCGCCGCGCGCGCCUCUGCCUGCCCGCGCCCCCGCGCGCCCCGGCGCCCGCCCGCGCCCCCGGCCCGCCCGGCGACGGCGAGCAGGAGUACGUGAGCCCCGACUGGGCCGGCCCGCCAGAGCCCGGCGCGCCGCCCGCCGAGAUCCCCUACGAGGAGCUGUGGACGCACCAGGCGGCCGAGGGCCUCGCCGAGGGCCGGACGCGGCCGCCCCCCGGGCCCGACCUCAUCUCCUUCGGGGCCGCCGGGCCGCCCCGCCUGGAGCCGGAGGCGCCGCCGCCUCCCGUCCCUCCCAAGUCCGAGGCGGUGAAGGAGGAGUGCCGCCUGCUCAACGCCCCACCUGUGCCUCCCCGGGGUGGCAAUGGCAGCGGCCGGCCCUCGGGCAGCCCCCCGGUGCCCCCUCGCUUCCCCAAGCUGCAGCCCAUCCACUCCCCCAGCUCCAGCCUCUCCUACUACUCCUCUGGCCUCCAGGAUGGGGCAGCCUCCCGCAGCGGCAGCGGCUCACCGUCACCGGAUGCCUACUCCCUUUACUGCUACCCGUGCACCUGGGGAGACUGCAAGGCCGGCGAGGCCUCCGGCCGCCCACCCCCGGGACCCCUGCCCUCCACCACGCAGCCCAGCCAGGCCGCGCGGGCCCUCGCAGAGCCCCCGAGCAGUCGGGCUGCCUCCGUCUUGGGGGCUGACACCCCCGUCAAGGCGUACCACGGCUGCCCGCCUCUGUUCAAGCCCUCUCACCCACAGAAACGCUUUGCUCCGUUCGGAGCUCUCAAUCCCUUUUCGGGGCCUGCCUACCCCUCGGGCCCUUCCGUGGCCGCCUCUCCUGGGCCCACGACCACCUCGGGCCCCCUGGCUACCUCCAGCCCUGCCUUUUCUCCAGGCCCAGGCUCACCAGGCCAGGCCUACUCAGCUGCUCCCCCCUCCUGUCCCACCUCCUCCUCCUCCUCUUCCGAGUGGCCGGAACCAGCCCUGGAGCCCUUUGAGCUGGGCCAGGGCGGUUCCCCGGAGCCCGAGCUGCUGCGCUGUCAGGAGCCCAGAGCUGUGGGGGCACCUGGGCCCGGACCCUGCCUCUCGCCACUCGGACCCCCCAAAGCCUUUGAACCAGAAGGUCUGGUGCUGCGGCAGGUCCCCACCCCACUGUCACCGGUGGCCCUGCAGGGGCCUGAGGCGGGCGGAGCUCGGCUCCUUCUCGCCCAAGGGCGCCUGGAGGGGCCUCCUGCCAGUCCCCGGGAGGGGGUCGCAGGCUGGGGAGGCCGGGAUGCCUCCUCCUGGCAGCCCCCCGCUGACCUGUCUGCACUCUCCCUGGAAGAAGUCUCUCGAAGUCUGCGUUUCAUCGGGCUCUCAGAGGACGUGGUGAGCUUCUUUGCCAGAGAACGCAUUGACGGCAGCAUCUUCGUGCAGCUCAGCGAGGACAUCCUGGCCGAUGACUUCCACCUCACCAAGCUGCAGGUCAAGAAGAUCAUGCAGUUCAUCAAAGGCUGGCGGCCCAAGAUCUGAUGUUCCCGGCUCGUAGCUGCAACUGGAAGCUGGCACGGAGGCCCCGGGGCUGCAGGGGGACAGCCUGCGGGACCCAGGAGCCGGUCCCGCCUGCGAGGAGAAUCUAUGCCAAGACUGAGGCGGCCAGGCAGCCCCUCAGAGUGAAUCCAGACACACUCGGAAGUGGGGGACUCUGGGGUCAGACCCCUACACGGGGACAUCUGGCCUUUGUGCAGAGUAUGUGGGGAGGAGGCUGGAGGCACCGGGGCACACCUGGGCCUGGGGCCACACUGCUGUGAUUCCCGUGGAGGAAGGGCAUCAAAAGCUGGCCUUCGCGGUGACCUCACAUCCUCCCGUGUCCUUGUGCAGAGCUUCACAGGCCUCUUGCACUUCUCAAGCUUGUAGGUUGAGGUUAGAGACCAGGGAAGAAGAUGGUCCGUAACUUAAGCACAAAUUCCCCAAGUGCCCUCUCCCCUCUGCCCUGUGGGCUUUUGGCCUAAGCUGCCCCAGAGUCUGGGUGCCGUUUCUGUAUCUCUGGGACGCCCUUCCUUCCCCCUUCUGUGAAUCAGGGCCCUGGCCCCGAGCACUGGGGUAGCGAGUACAAGCCUGUGCCACCGUGCCUCGGAGGCUCCAGCUCUCGGUGCCGGUUUGCGGGUGAAGACCCUCGACGAGAACGGCCCUGCUGUUGACGUGCUCUAGUCGGGGAGCCGGGUGGUCCCCUGACGUCUCCGGUGCCCAGGCUUCCGCCUUCCAUCUUGCCAGGCUGGGUCCGGUCUGCGAAGAUUCUCACUCCGCCGAGGAGCAGGUAGAUUUAGGUCAGCCGCUCCUGGAUGCUGGAGGCGAGUGGCCUUCAGUCUCUCCCACUUCCCCUCUGCUCCCACUUCGCUUGAUUCUGGCCAGCACACGGUGCCGUCCUCUUGCUCUCUGUAGCUGGCACAGGUGGGGUGGGUGGGGAGAAAGCACGGUGGUUUGGGGAAACCUGCUCGUUCCCCGUUCCCGGAGCCCGGGCCUCCUGCACUUGCUCAUGUGCCUCACAGCAGGCCCUCGUCCCCCGGAUCUCGGGCACGACGACCUGCUUGGCACCCGGAGGUUGGCCAUGGUGUACGAGCACCCAUUACUCCCCAGCCCCCGGGCUCUCCGUCUCCUCACCCAGGACCACACUAACUCUCGUGCCGCUGGCCUCAGGCCCCGGGUUACAGGCCUUCUCUUCUGCCUUACCUAGCCUUCCUAGAUAUUUAUUUCCUGUUUUUCUCUUAAGAGUAGUGAAGCCAUGCUGGUGCUCAGGCCCUGAGCUGAUGCCUCCGCUCCAGGGCAAGGGGAGUCGGGAAGCAGGACACACAAACUGAUGCUGAAGCAUUUGGUUUUCUUGUCGAUCCCUUAGUGAAUCCUCCGGGACUAGUGAAAUAAAUGCUAGAGCACUGGACAGUGCAGGUGGAA